GGGUCGUUGCGAGGGACGGUCGCUGAAGAAGCUCGCCGUUCUCGCUUCCAGGAGGGCGGCGGACGCUGGGCCCUGGGCCCUGGGCGCUGGGAGCGAGUUCUAUCUCAGUGGAGCUGUUUUUUGUGCUGAUAACGAUGCUAAAAUUUAAAUAUGCAACCCCCCAUCCAGCAGCUGGCACAAUGGACUCUAUCGCCAGCCGGGCUUCUCGACUUAAUCUCCUUCUCCAGGGGAAGUUCCCGUCUCUGGCACAACAGCAGAUGUCUCCAUUCUCAAGAGAAGGCAUUCUGGACUCCCUUAUGGUGCUGUACGAGGAAGGCAGAAGCCCUCUGCGGAUGGAAACCAAACACGCGGGCAUAUUUUUAAAAAAGCAUUCAGAAUCAAUAACAGAGUUCCGGGAACUUCAACCCAGCCUGAAAGAUUUUGAAAUCCGGAAUCGGAUAGGAUGUGGUCGUUUUGCCGAAGUCCAGGUGGAAGAGAAGGCAACCGGCGACAUUUUCGCCAUGAAGGUGAUGAGCAAGGAGGCACUCUUGGCAAAAGAGCAGGUAUCCUUUGAGGAAGAGAGAAAUAUACUAUGCCAGAAUGGCAGCCCCUGGAUUCCACGCCUUCACUAUGCGUUCCAGGAUAAAAAGAAUCUCUACUUGGUUAUGGAUUAUGAGCCGGGAGGAGAUCUACUCUCGUUCUUAAACAGAUAUGAAGAUCAACUGGAUGAAAGCACUAUAGAGUUUUAUCUGGCAGAAUUAGUUUUGGCCAUUCACAGCGUCCAUCAAAUGGGAUACGUCCACCGAGAUGUUAAGCCAGAGAAUAUCCUCAUUGACAGAACAGGGCACAUCAAGUUGGUGGAUUUUGGUUCGGCUGCCAAAAUGACGGUGGAUAAAAAGGUGGAUGCCAAGGUGCUUCCUAGCCCUACUGACUAUAUGGCCCCAGAGAUCCUGGGUGCUUUGAACAACGGCAAAGCUUCCUACGGGUCAGAAUGUGACUGGUGGUCCCUAGGGGUGGUUGCUUAUGAAAUGACCUACGGGAAAUCGCCGUUUGCUGAAGGGACCUCAACGAAAACGUCCAACAACGUCAUGAAUUUUCAGCGGUUCCUAAAAUUCCCGGAGGACGUCAAGGUCAGCCGCGAGUGUCUCGACCUGCUGCAGAGUCUGUUGUGUGGGCCGAAAGAACGCUUGGAUUACGAAGGCCUGUGCUGCCAUCCGUUCUUCGCCAACGUUGACUGGAACGCCAUCCGUGACGCUCGCCCUCCCUUCGUACCUGCCGUCCGGUCUGAAGAUGAUACGUCUAAUUUUGAUGCCCGGGAGAAGGACGUUGGCGCGGCUUCCCCUCUCGGCCAGCUGAGCCUUACGGCUUCCCCGGGAGACGGUUGGCCAUUCGUGGGGUUCUCUUUCACCAAGGCGCUCGCCUAUAUGAAUCAAUAUGAAUCUAUAUUGUCUGCUUUGCGUUCGGAUUCUCCCGCGAAAAUUAGCUCCAUGGAAAAGAAACUCCUUUUUAAGAGCAAAGAGCUGAAAGACACCCAGGACAAGUGUCACAAGAUGGAGCAGGAAAUGACGCGUUUGCAUCGCAGAGUGUCGGAGGUGGAGGCUGUGCUUAGCCAAAAGGAGGUGGAACUGAAAGCCUCCGAGACCCAGCGAUCCCUCCUGGAACAGGACCUGGCUACCUACAUCACAGAAUGCAGUAGCUUAAAGCGAAGUCUGGAACAGGCUCGGAUGGAAGUGUCUCAAGAGGAUGACAAGGCGCUGCAACUCCUUCACGAUAUAAGAGAACAAAGUCGCAAGUUGCAGGAAAUCAAAGAACAGGAGUACCAAGCUCAAGUGGAGGAAAUGCGACUGAUGAUGAAUCAGCUAGAAGAAGAUCUUAUUUCUGCUCGAAGACGCAGCGAUCUUUACGAAUCGGAGCUGAGGGAAUCUCGACUGGCGGCGGAGGAGUUCAAGCGAAAAGCCACCGAAUGUCACAACCGGCUCCAGAAAGUCGUCAAGGUUAAAGACCAAGGAAAAACGGAAGUUGGAGAGCUGUAUUCCAAGCUGGAGAAGAUCAACGCAGAUCAACAGGUGAAAAUUCAAGAACUCCAAGAGAAGCUGACAAAGGCCAUGAAGGCAAGCUCGGAAGCCACCGAGUUGCUCCAGAACAUCCGCCAAGCCAAAGAGAGGGCCGAGAAAGAGCUGGAGAAGCUGCAGAACCGGGAGGAUUCCAAUGAAAGCAUGAAGAAGAAAUUGCUGGAAGCCGAGGAACGACGCCAUUCUCUGGAGAACCAAGUGAAGCGGCUGGAGACGGUGGAGCGGCGAGAGAACCGGCUAAAAGAAGAUAUCCAGACCAAAUCUCAGCAAAUCCAGCAGAUGGCCGAUAAAAUUCUGGAACUGGAAGAGAAACACAGGGAAGCUCAGCUGGCGGCCCAACAUCUGGAGCUGCACCUGAAGCAGAAAGAACAAAUGUAUGAAGAAAGGCUCAAAGUGCUGGACAACCAAAUGAAGAAGGACCUGGCAGACAAAGAUACUCUGGAGAACAUGCUGAGGAAGCACGAGGAGGAAGCUCACGAAAAGUGCAAAAUCCUCGCCGAGCAGAAAGCGAUGAUCAACGCGAUGGAUUCGAAGAUCAGAUCCCUGGAGCAGAGAAUAGUGGAAUUGUCUGAAGCUAACAAGCUGGCAGCAAACAGCAGCCUGUUUACUCAGAGGAACAUGAAAGCCCAAGAAGAGAUGAUUUCUGAGCUCAGGCAGCAGAAAUUUUAUCUGGAAACUCAGGCUGGGAAAUUAGAGGCUCACAACAAUAAGCUGGAGGAACAGUUGGAAAAAAUCAGCCAUCAGGACCACACGGACAAGACUCACCUGCUGGAGUUGGAGACGAGGUUAAGAGAGGUUAGCCUGGAACACGAAGAACAAAAAUUAGAACUGAAGCGGCAACUGACUGAAUUGCAGCUCACCCUCCAGGAGAGGGAAUCUCAGAUUUCAGGGUUGCAAGCCGCCCGGGCAGCUCUGGAAAGCCAAUUGAGGGAAGCUAAAACCGAAUUGGAAGAGACCACGGCCGAAGCCGAGGAAGAGAUCCAGGCGCUGACGGCAUAUAGAGAUGAAAUCCAGCGUGAAUUGAAGCCCUUCGUGAAUAGCUGCACAGUGAUCACGGACCUAGAAGAGCAGCUGAAUCAGCUGACUGAGGACAAUGCCGAGCUGAACAACCAGAAUUUCUUCCUCUCCAAGCAGUUGGACGAAGCUUCGGGAGCGAACAACGAGGUGGUUCAAUUGCGGAGCGAGGUUGACCAUCUCCGUCGCGAGAUCACGGAACGGGAAAUGCAGCUCACCAGUCAAAAGCAAACCAUGGAGGCCUUAAAGACCACCUGUACCAUGCUGGAGGAGCAAGUGAUGGAUCUGGAGGCCCUGAACGACGAGCUCUUGGAGAAGGAGCGCCAAUGGGAGGCGUGGAGAAGCGUUCUGGGAGACGAGAAGACCCAGUUUGAGUGCCGGGUGCGGGAACUCCAGAGAAUGUUGGACACGGAGAAACAGAACAGGGUGCGAGCUGACCAGCGUAUCACGGAAUCCCGCCAAGUUGUGGAGCUCGCAGUUAAAGAACAUAAAGCGGAGAUCUUGGCUCUCCAGCAAGCGUUAAAGGAACAGAAGCUCAAAGCUGAGAGUCUGUCUGACAAGCUGAAUGACUUGGAAAAGCACGCCAUGCUGGAGAUGAAUGCCCGGAGCUUACAGCAGAAGCUUGAAACGGAACGCGAACUCAAGCAGAGGCUUCUGGAAGAGCAAGCCAAGCUGCAGCAGCAGAUGGAUUUGCAAAAGAAUCAUAUCUUUCGGCUGACUCAAGGCCUGCAAGAGGCUUUGGACCGGGCCGAUCUUUGAAGACGGACGGAGCGUGACCUGGAAUACCAGCUGGAAAAUAUUCAGGUCCUGUAUUCCCACGAAAAAGUGAAAAUGGAAGGCACUAUUUCCCAACAAACCAAGCUUAUAGAUUUCCUCCAAGCGAAUGAUCAGCCGGCCAAGAAGAAAAAGGUUCCUCUGCAGUACAAUGAGCUGAAGGUGGCGCUGGAGAAGGAGAAGGCCCGCUCGGCGGAGCUGGAGGAAGCCCUGCAGAAAACCCGCAUCGAACUCCGAUCGGCUCGGGAGGAAGCUGCCCAUAGGAAAAUCACAGACCACCCUCACCCAUCCACUCCUGCCACGGCCAGGCAGCAGAUCAUCAUGUCUGCCAUAAUUCGGUCACCUGAACACCAGCCCACGCCCAUCAGCUUGUUGGCGCCUCCCUCCAGCCGCAGAAAGGAGGCCUCCACGCCGGAGGAGUUUAAUCGGCGCCUUAAAGAACGCAUGCAUCACAAUAUCCCUCACCGUUUCAACGUGGGACUGAACAUGAGAGCUACCAAGUGUGCCGUUUGCUUGGACACUGUGCACUUUGGACGCCAGGCUUCGAAAUGUCUCGAAUGCCAAAUGAUGUGCCACCCCAAAUGUUCUGCCUGCUUGCCAGCCACAUGUGGAUUGCCGGCUGAGUACGCCGCCCACUUCUCGGAAGCCUUCUGCCGGGAUAAAUUGAACUCCCCGGGCCUUCAGCUCAAAGAACCUGGCGGCCCUUUACGGCUGGAAGGAUGGAUGAAGGUGCCCAGAAAUAAUAAACGUGGCCAGCAAGGCUGGGAUAGGAAGUACGUCGUUUUAGAAGGAACGAAAGUCCGUUACGACACGGAAACGAGAGAAGCUGGACAACGGCCCGUGGAAGAGUUUGAAUUGUGCCUUCCAGAUGGAGACGUUACCGUCCAUGGGGCCGUCGGAGCGACUGAGCUUCUAAAUACAGCCAAGACAGAUGUGCCCUAUAUACUGAAGCUGGAAUCUCAUCCCCACACCACCUGUUGGCCUGGCCGGACUCUCUAUUUGCUGGCACCUACUUUUCCCGAUAAGCAGCGUUGGGUGAAUGCCCUAGAAUCUACGGUGGCUGGAGGAAGAGUUUCCAGAGAAAAGGCAGAAGCUGAUGCUAAACUCCUUGGAAAUUCCCUUCUGAAGCUGGAAGGAGAGGAUCGCUUGGAUAUCAACUGCACUUUACCCUUCAGCGAUCAGGUGGUCCUGGUGGGCGCUGAAGAAGGACUUUACGCCCUGAAUGUGCUAAAGAAUUCCUUAACACACGUCCCCGGGAUUGGUGCUGUCUUUCAAAUCCACCUCAUCAAAGACUUGGAGAAGCUGCUCAUGAUUUCAGGAGACGAAAGGGCGCUGUGCCUUGUGGAUGUGAAAAAAGUCAAGCAGUCCCUCGCUCAGUCCCACCUCCCGGCUCAACCUGACGUCUCGCCCAAUGUUUUUGAAGCCGUGAAAGGCUGCCAUCUUUUUGCGGCAGGCAAGAUCGACAACGGGUUGUGCAUCUGCGCGGCCAUGCCCAGCAAAGUCGUGGUGUUGCGUUACAACGAGAGCCUCAGCAAGUACUGCAUUAGGAAGGAGAUAGAAACCUCGGAGCCGUGCAGCUGUAUCCAUUUCACCAAUUACAGCAUCAUCGUCGGGACCAACAAGUUUUACGAAAUUGAGAUGAAGCAGUACACCCUAGAAGAAUUCCUGGAUAAGAAUGACCACACCUUGGCAUCCGCUGUGUUUGCAUCCUCCAACAAUAGUUUCCCAAUCAACAUCAUCCAGGUGAACCCAGCAGGGCAGAGGGAGGAGUAUCUGCUGUGCUUCCAUGAAUUUGGCGUUUUUGUUGACUCCUAUGGAAGACGCAGCCGCUCGGAUGACCUGAAAUGGAGCCGCCUACCUCUGGCGUUUGCCUACCGGGAACCGUACCUGUUUGUGACCCACUUCAACUCCCUGGAGGUGAUAGAAAUUCAAGCACGCGCCUCUCUCGGCAUCCCGGCCCGAGCCCACCUGGACAUCCCGAGCCCUCGUUACCUGGGCCCUGCAAUCUCUUCCGGAGCCAUUUACCUGGCCUCUUCCUAUCAGGACAAACUGAGAGUCAUUUGCUGCAAAGGGAAUUUGGUGAAGGAAUCCAACAAUGAACAUCACCGGGGCUCCUCCACCACUCGCAGCAGCCCAAACAAGAGAGGUCCGCCCACGUAUAACGAGCACAUCACCAAGCGGGUAGCGUCGAGCCCAGGGCCCCCCGAAGGUCCCAGCCACCCUCGCGAGCCAAGCACACCGCAUCGCUACCGAGAAGGAAGGACAGAGCUACGGAGGGACAAAUCUCCGGGACGCCCCCUGGAGAGGGAGAAAUCCCCGGGAAGGGUGCUCAGCACCCGCCGAGAAAGGUCCCCAGGGAGACUGUUUGAGGAGAGCAGCAGGGGACGAAUACAAGUGGGGGGCGCCCGGACCCCCCUCGCCCAGGUCAACAAGGUCUGGGACCAAUCUUCAGUAUAAACGUCACCUCCGACCUGGAACUCCAAGGAAGAACAGAAAAAAUAUCCAGAAUUAAGACGCUCUACCCAUUUCACCACACCACCCUCGCCGCCCCCUUAAGUAAUCCCCACUGGGCUCAAAUUCAUUCCAGCAGCAACGGCGUUCAAUCCAGAAGGAUGGACGUUCGUCGCGAGGAUUGCCUUGCAUUUCAAGUGGGAUUUUUUUUUUCCGCCUUCUUGGCGUCUCCUUCUUCUUUUUUCCUCCCCGUUAUCCCGGUCCUUGGGGGAACGUGGGGCGGGGAAGGGUCACUUUGUAUUACUGCUCCUUUCAAAGCAGUUCCUCGGUUUUUCUAUUUCUCUUUUACCUGUCGAGCCGUCCGAUGGGGAUCUGGGCAUUUGCCCCAAGACUCAGAAAAACAAAACCCAAACACGUGGCUGUCCGUUUAUUUUGGGGGAAGCCUUGUAUAACCAGCAACGGUCCGAUGUCUCUUGUCUGCUCCCCUCCCUCCCCCCGAUGUUCAUUUUCUUCUCCUGCAGAGCUUUUAGCGAAAUCUCUCGGGCAACGGAGCGAAUCAGUUGCUUCCCAGAAUAGAUAAGAUACUUUUGGGGGGGAAUUUGACCAUUCCAGACCCAACAAUGCAAAGAAAACGUAGCCAUCAGCGCAGCUCUGUGGUUCUGCCGGGUUGCAGAGAAGAAAUGUCAUUUGUAACGAUACUCCCCCCCACCCACACACAUUGAUGAAACCUGCCCACUGGUCUACCGCCCUCUGCAUCCAAAGUUUCCAGGGGAAGAGUCUCGACUGCCCCGUUCACAUACAAACGCACACACACACAAACGCACAGAGCCAGGCCUCCGCCCUCCCCCCAGGCUUCCUGCAUGGCGACGUCCCCGCAUGCUUCCUGCACCGCCGUCAUCUUGACCGCAGCCUCCUUUUCAGUUGCUUUGCUCGAUAUUGUAUAGCUCGUAAUUUUCCCAGUGUUCCAAUACCGAAGCCUUUUUCUUCGAGGCGAUGCUGCAACCGGAAAACCAUCCUUUAUGGACCUGGGGGUGGAGGGAGAAAAGAGGGGGGGGGGAGAGAAACUGGCACCGGAGGAGGAAACGGGACAGUUCUUGAGACCACCGCCGCAACUGAGCCCACCGAGGCACGGCAGAUCCCCCUCUGGGAUGAGAUCCGGUCCACCUCGCCGAACGAGAUGCCAACAACGGCCCAGCUGAGGAGAUGCUGUCUUCCCCCCCCCCCCCACACUCCAAGAUCAGGGGGGGCAGACAGAAAGAGCAGGAAAACCGAACCGCGUGGCCAAAAAGAGCGAGGAAAGUCACAGAAAGUGGACGGAGUGGGGGGGUCCUCUGUGUCACCCAGAGGAGAGCCCCCCCACUCCUUGCUUUGGGAAAAGGAUGCGGGCAACAAACCAGCGGUGGCUCUUCCUUCUGCCACCACAGCCCCGUCUCGCUUCUCAUCAUCGGCUCCCGCCCGCUUCUGACACACCGUUCUGAGCCGUAAUUUGCUUCCGCUCUGUUUUUUUGCUCCCAGCUGGCCAGAGCAAUUCCACCUUGCCUCCGCCGGUUCCUUUGGGCACCUCUACUCCUCCCCCCCCCCAACUUCCCAGUGCUGCCCUACAGAGAGCCCCUCCGCCUCUACCUGCUUCAUCGGUGCCCUUCGGGUUUUGGGGGGGUCUGUUGUGGAUAAACAGGGUCAGGACGAUUGCAUCCCUCCGGCGGUUUGUCAGGAAACGUGCCUGGAUUUCCGUCUCCGGGAGUCCCGGGAGUUCUUUGAAGGUCUUUGCAUCUCACAGGGGGGGGAGAAAGAAAAACCUCCUACCGAUUAAUACUACUACUACUACCACUACUUAAUAAUGAUAAUCCCUCAUUACCUGAAAACUCGACGCCUCGAGUCCUCGAAAGUGUAUAUCGCGUGUCUUGUUUGUGAAAAUGCUUCCUGCUAUAGAAUAGCUUCCGAACACUUGUACAUAUUGACAACAAAACUUUAUAUUCGUAAAAAAGAAAAAAAAAGGAAUCAAACCCG